UAUGGGGUACUGCAUCCUCUUUGUCCACGGUCUGAAAAAGCUGUAUACAUGGUUAAAUAAGUGGAGAAUUACUGUUUUGACCCUCUUUGCUUUACUGCUGCUGCUCUUCUCUUGGAAGACCGUGAAACAGAACGAAAUCUGGCUGUCACGAGAAUCUCUUUUCAGCUCAGGAGUGAAGACCCUGCCCCACAACGCCAAGGUGCACUACAACUAUGCCAAUUUUCUCAAAGACCAGGGCCGUAACGUUGAGGCGAUCUACCACUACAAAACUGCUCUCAAGCUGUACCCUCGUCACGCAAGUGCUCUCAACAACCUGGGGACGUUGACCAAAGAUGUGGUGCAGGCAAAGGAGUACUAUAGACGGGCCCUUCAGUUAAACCCUCAGCACAAUCGAGCUCUCUUCAAUCUUGGCAACCUGCUCAAAUCCCAAGGGAAGAAGGAGGAAGCUGUGAUCUUACUGCGGGACUCCAUUAAGUAUGGCCCAGAGUUUGCAGAUGCUUACUCCAGCCUGGCCUCACUGCUAGCCGAACAGGAACGGCUUAAGGAAGCAGAGGAGGUCUAUAAGGCUGGCAUAGAGAAUUGUCCAGAGAGCUCCGAUCUGCAUAACAACUACGGUGUUUUCUUGGUUGAUACUGGGGCUCCUGAGCGAGCUGUGUCCCACUACAAGCAGGCCAUCCAGCUGAGCCCCACUCAUCAUGUGGCCAUGGUCAACCUGGGCAGGCUUCACCGCUCCCUGGGGCAGAACAAAGAGGCUGAAGUGUGGUAUAAGCGGGCACUGAAGGUAUCCCGGAAGGCUGAAAUCCUGUCCCCACUGGGGGCUCUGUAUUACAACACGGGGCGGUAUGAAGAAGCAUUGCAGGUUUACAGAGAAGCAGCAUCACUGCAGCCUUCAAACAAAGAGAUCCGACUGGCACUGGCUCAGGUUUUAGCAAUGAUGGGGCGGACAAAGGAAGCUGAAAAGAUGACGAACCAUAUUCUCAAUGAGGAUGUGAGGUGUCUGGAGUGCUACCGCCUUCUCUCGGCCAUCUACAGCAAGCAGGAGCACUAUACUAAGGCACUUGAAGCUAUAGAAAAAGCUCUUCAGCUAAAACCAAAGGAUCCAAAAGUCAUAUCAGAGCUCUUUUUCACUAAAGGAAACCAGCUAAGAGAACAGAAUCUCCUUGACAAGGCUUUUGAGAGCUAUAAACAGGCUGUGGAGCUCAACCCAGACCAAGCGCAGGCCUGGAUGAAUAUGGGAGGCAUUGAGCACAUCAAGGGGAGCUACAUCACUGCCCGUGGCUACUAUGAGAAAGCCUUACAGCUGGUUCCAAACAGCAAGUUGCUGAAGGAGAAUCUGGCCAAACUGGAUCGCUUGGAGAAACGGUUUCAGGAAGUCCAGGAGAAAGACCAAACAUAGCAUUCAGUCACCAGUGGAAUGAAUCUCAUGACUCUUGGAGAAGAGUAUGGUAGAAGCCUAUUCUUGAAGUGAUGCUGAUGGAACUUUGAUAGGACUCAGAUUUACGGAAGGCAGAUUUUGAAUGCAUGCUUAUGUUUGACCAAAGUUACAGGAGACAUUGGCUUCUGUGGGACAUGCUGGAGAAUGAACGAAAACCUUCCUUUAAUCAAGAUUUUUGUUUAGGCUGGACCCAUUUUAAGCACACUGGGAGUGUGGGUGGGACAUGUACCUUCAAUAUCUUGGUUAUCAGUGGGGAAACCAUGGAAACAAAGCAUUCAUCCAUUGCAGCAGGGGUGAAGUAACACCUCUGGUUACUCAGCACAGACUCACCUUGUCCACGUAAAGUACCACUAAUGGGCUUCAUUUCAAGUGCUGCCAGGUCCUUUUGAGUCAGGAUAAAUGGUCAUAAUGGUCACAUAAAAAGGUUUCAAGGGAUUAAUGCUGAGGAAGUGGUGGCCACUUGUACAGCUAUAAAUGUGACUUAAAAUUAUUCUAAAAGAAGGGAAAACAAUAUCUAAAUAUCACCCUAGAAGAAUGAUUCUACAAGUAGGACAAAUGAACCUUUGAGGGAAGACCUCACCUGAAUGUUUUACUCAUAAGAUAGUCAUUUCGUAGUAAUUCGGGUUUGACAAUACUGUCAAAUAUAUGGCUUUACCCUUUUCCCUCUCCCUCCAGGCCAAAUAAUUAUUACUCUGAAAAACAUGGAAGCAUCCAAAGGCAAUAGAAAGCUCUAGGAUUACUUGUCCUCCUGUCCAGUCCCCAG